AUGUUUAACUUUGAUAGGAUCGUAGAACAGGGUGGAUUCCAACCUAAGAAAAAGAAGAAAUCGAAGAGAUUCGAUGGCGAUUCCGAAUUGUCAGACACAGACUCUGGUUCCACCAUAUCGGAGAAGACCAAACAGAACGUUUUGCCAGUAUUUGCUCAGAAAAGACAACAGGCAUUGCCUGGAGCUACAGUGAGACCAAAGAAGCAUCCGCCAUGGUAUAGCACACGGAUCUUAGAAGAAGAACGACCAGACCUAGCUGAAGCUGAUGGAAGGAUCAACAUAGAGAGAGAAGAAGCAGCUCUGAUGGAUAUGUUCAUCAGAGGAAAAAGUGAUUUGCAAACAGGCGACUUAAUCAUUACAGAUGACAAGUGA